GAGAAACCUUAUGUGUGUGAAGUAUGUCAAAAGUCAUUUAGGCAAAAGCAAAAUUUGAAUAAGCAUAUGCAUAUUCACACAGGAGAAAAACCUUAUAUGUGUGAAGUAUGUAAGAAGUUGUUUAAUCAAAAGGAAGGUUUAUACUUGCAUGUGCAUAUUCAUACUAAAGAAAAACCUCAUAUGUGUGAAGUAUGUAACAUGUUGUUUAGUCGAAAGACUCAUUUAAAGCAGCAUAUGUUUAUUCACACAGGAGAGAAACCUCAUGUGUGUGUAGUAUGUAAGAAGUCAUUUAGUCUAAAAGGUAGUUUAAAAAAGCAUUUGCGCAUUCACACAGGAGAGAAACCUUAUGUCUGUGAAGUAUGUGAAAAGUCAUUUAAUCGAAAGCCUAAUUUGAGCAGCCAUAUGCUUAUUCACACUAGAGAAAAACUUUAUACAUGUGAAGUAUGUAAAAAAUUGUUUAAUCGAAAGGAUAAUUUAAACAGACAUAUGCUUAUUCAUACUGGGAAGGAACCUCAUGUGUGCGAAGUAUGUAAGAAGUUGUUUAGUGAAAAAUCUGCUUUAAAUGUGCAUAUGCUCUUUCACAGAGGAGAAAAACCUCAUGUGUGUGAAGUAUGUAAGAAGUCAUAUAGUCAAAAGGGUAAUUUAAAGAGGCAUAUGCUUAUUCACACAGGAGAGAAACUCCAUGUGUGUGAAGUAUGUGAAAAGUCAUUUAGUCGAAAGCGAAAGUUAGAUGAGCAUAUGCUUAUUCACAUUGGAAAACCUCAUAUGUGUGAAGUAUGUAAGAAAUUAUUUAGUCAGAAGGAAGGUUUAAACAUGCAUAUGCUUAUACAUGCAGGAGUAAAACCUUACAUGUGUGAAGUAUGUAAGAAGUUCUUUACUAAGAAAGGAGGUUUAGACAUGCAUAUGCUUACUCACACAGGAGAGAAACCUUAUAUGUGUCAAGUAUGUAAGAUGUCAUUUAGUCGAAAAGAUACUUUGACCAAACAUAUGGUUGUUCACACUCGAGAAAAGAAUCAUAUGUGUGAAGUAUGUAAGAAAUCAUUUAGUAGAAAGGAUACUUUAAACGCACAUAUGAUUAUUCACACUAGAGCAAAACCUCAUGUGUUGAAUUUGCAAGAAUUUGUUUAGUGAAAAGUUUUAUUUUAACUUGUAUUUGCUCAUUCACACUAGAGGAAAACCUCACUUGUGUGACAUAUGUAUCGGAAAGGGUAAUUUAAAGCAACAUAUGCUUAUUCACACGAAGUAUGCAAGAAAUUUAUUCAAAAGAGUAAUUUAAAAGAGCAUGUUCUUAUUUGCUCAUUCACACUAGAGAAAAACCUCACUUGUGUGACGUAUGUAUUGAAAAGUGUAGUUUAAAGCAACAUAUGCUUAUUCACACAGGAGGGAAACCUCAUGUGAGUGAAGUAUGUAAGAAUCAUUUGUUCAAAAGAGUAAUUUAAAGGAGCAUGCUCUUAUUCACUCUGGAGAGAUGCUCCGUGUUAUGUAAGAAGUCUGUCUGUGGAAUGGGUCAUGUAAAGAAGCAUAUGCAUAUUCACACAGCAGAGAAAUUUUCUAUGUGAUAUAUGUCAAAUAUCAUUUAUGUUAAAAGAGUAAUAUUUUUUAUGUCACUCUUUAUUUUAAGUUGUUUCCAGAGGAGAGAAAUUUGAAUAAGCAUAUUAUUGAUGCAUUAGAGAAACCAUCUGUUUUUUAAGAUAUGCUAGAUUAGUAACACACUUUACUUAUGAAUGAAGUAAGGACUUGUCUGUGCAAUGAAACCUGAUUAUCUUAUCUCAAGACUGGUUUAAUUUUAAUCAGAUUGCUGACUAUCUAAAUGUUUCUAAUAUAUUCGGUGUUAGGAUUUUCUAGAUUUUAGUGCUGGAUGCAUAAAGCCUACCAACUGAGGCUGUGUGAGGUAUGUAAAUUGUUGUUUAAUCAAAAUAAGUAAUAAACAUUUUAUUUGUUUGCACAAGAGAAAACAUAUCAUUUAUGAAGUUAAAUCUGAAGUGAUUCAAAACUUUUAUGGACUUUGAUUAAACUUAACUCUUUCUGUCUUUAAUACAGAUACGAAUCACAACUGUGUUAUUAAUGAUGGAAAUGUCUUUCGUAUUAACACUUGUCAUGAAAUAAAGCAUUAAUUGCUUCUAUUCAUGGUGAAGAAAAACUGAAGAACAUGUCCUCCCAACUCCAGUAUUAAAUGUAUCGACGUAUAAUGUUAAAAAAACCAGUAGAGGAUUAUGACAUAUACUGUUGGAAAUGAGUUUUUUCCAAAUAUUUCAAGUCAAAUCUUGGACAUACCAAGUAGAGCAACCUUAUCUGUAUAACAGAUAUAAAAGAUAAUUGGGAAACAUCAUUUCCGUGCAGUUUCUUCUAUUGUUGGCAAAUUUCAAGAGCCAUAUUUUAAAAUAAAUGAAGAAAAGUAUCACAGUAUGUCUGUGAAAACAACUGGAACAUGGAAUAUCAGAAAAAGGACACAUACGAAAAUGCGGGCAUUGCUUGACUGAAGGAUUGUUAUAAGCAUAGUUUUUUGAAGAACGUUUAUGCACAUGGUUACUAGAGUUUGGCACAGUCUGAAAAACUGGUGACUUCUAGUAACGUGUUGUGAUAAUACGAUUCAUCUAAUGGCAGUACUUAGGCUAUCCUAAAACUAUGCCAAAGAUUAAUUUGCAUUAUAAAUUCCUGAAUCCGAGAUGUGUACAUGAACUUAAUGGCUACUUUUGAAUUGACAUUUGAUCGAGCUGAUGUAAACCUGGGAAAUAAAAUGCUUAGACAGUAAAUGUGCAAGAUGAAAAGUUUAACUAAUCAAAGAUUUGGAUGUUAUCUGGAGACAAUUUGUUGAUACUGCAUGCUGAACAACAUUGUGAAAGAUUCAACUUCAGAAUUUAAAUGUUGCGAAAGCAUACCAUCAUCCAGUUUUCUGAGAUGAAAAACAAAAAUGUUCUGCAAUUUAAAAUAGUAUUUGUUACCUUUGUUAUUAUGAAUUUGCUGCGAGAUAAAAAAAAAGGUAUUAUGCAAAUUUAUCUUUGAAUAUCAGCUAUGGUGUGCCUUUCAAUAUCAAGUUUCUAAUUCCACAUGUGCACAAACAUAGGGCUGUGGCUGGAAUAUAUCAGGACUUAAAAGAGAAGGGCUAGCUCAUAGGGUUGUUCCCCUGAAACAGGCAGUGGGGAGUGAUGACAGCCAUGAUGACACUGAGCGCAGAGAUGCAACUGACAACAUAGAAAUUAGCG